UGUUGGCAGGUAGAACAACAAGUGCGCGGGUUAAAUGGAAUUGAAAAAUCUAAUAAAAUUAAUGAAUACAUGAUUGGUAUUUAUAGUAAUUAUAAACAGACAAUGAAUAGUAUUUAAAUGCGGGCUUUGCUUGAGCGCUGGAUGGAAAAGAAGUUAAAGGUUAAGCUAUUUGAGGUUUUUGAAUAGCGAAUUAUCGAAAUUCAGUAGAUUUGAGAUUUAAUGUGUUAUCGUAGACAAAUUUUAGACAUUUUUUAUUCCGUGUAUCAAGACUGCAACAUAAAAUAUAUUCACAUAAUUUGGCUGAGGUAUUUAAUAUAGUGAGUAUAUUCGAUUUGAUCAUUAAGCCCCGAAUCAAACAGAUGGAGGAACCUUUGUGAAUGGGUUUCAUACCUAAAACCAAUACGACUCUUAAAACCAGUUUAUUUUUCAAGUGUAUUACUUUCGCGUUUCUGUGUGAUCUAUUGUGAAUUUAUCUACAUCAUAUCUCAUGCACUUUACACUCGAUAUAACUGUAAAACAUAGGAUUAUUCUUUGAACGGCAUCUACUGAAUUAUCGAUCUGGAGAAAGAGUAGGUGUAAGAGUGCUGGAAACUGCAAUUGCCUACCAUAGCAUAUGUUUUCCGCUUUUUACGAGCAUAAUUGCUUUGCUUGAGAAGUGUCUUUGAUGUUUUAGUGAACUUAAAAAAUACACGAAAAUAUUUGUAAUCUUGAAGAAAAGAAAACUAACAACAAAAGUUUACAGCUGUCUUCAUAAUAUCCGCUACGAUUAGAAAUGAAGCGAAGAAAUAAGACAAAAGACAUGCUAGCGAAAUUGGUCAACGAACAAGCAGUUAACGAAAAGGCAAAAGAAAUUAUACAGAAUGAACUGCAGCAAAUGGUAACGCGGAAAAACAUGCUGGAAUCUGUGCCGGAAAACCCAUCUACAAGUCGUGCUAAGCCAAAACCUGAACUUUCACCGAAGAUUAUUUCAAAACUCAAGGACUCAUUCGAAAGUGCCUUUUAUAGAGACAACGAUCAAAUGAAAAUACCGAAAAUACAAAGUAUUUACACCGCGCAGAAUCUCAGAUCAAAAGGUAGAGACAUACCGAAAUGUCGCAUUAACACUAAAACCGAUAUCGAAGAUACGUUAAUAAUUUUGCGUGCUUUCGAGCUGCAAGCAUUAAUUGUACAAGAGAGAAUCGUAGAAGAAGUCGAAGAAAAACGUAGAACGGCUGGGUAUGUGAUAAGCCCUUACAUACGAGUCAGACUUGCAAAAUUAAGCGCUUUACGUGAGGGCAUACGAAAAGAUACCAAAGUAUUGCAUGAACAACUCAAAAAUUCGAACAAAAAAUACAAAAAACAUAUUGAUGUCAAUGAAAAUAAUGCGGAUCCUAUCAUAAUUAUAGGUUCUAAUGGGCAACAGAUAUCUAUUGAUGACUACAAUCCUUCAAAAGGUAACAAGAAGAAUCCAAUUGGUGUCAUAUAUCUGCCACGAAAAUCACAUGAACAAAUUAGAAUGGAGUUUAGAGGAGCUUUCUAUGUGAACAUUGUCCCUGAGCUGGAGGAUAUUUACUCAAGGCAAAACACCGGCGCAAAAGGGGCAAAUUCUUCGGCGGAACGUCGCAACGCGCAGGAGCAUUGCGAAAUACUUUCGAGACUUAUAAAAGUUAUAGAGUCAGAUCUUUUGAAGACUGUCACCAAUGAAAUAGCUAAUGAAAUGAAAAAUUUCGAUGCAGGAUGUGAAAGUCUUUAUGAUGUCGAUCCUGAUAGCGAUGUCGAUGAGAAAAGUAAAUUAUUGUUAAACGAUACAAACACUAUCAUAUUGGUGAAUACCGAAGGUGAAGAGAUAUCUGAUCAGGAAUUCAAAAAAUUUAUCUUGAAUGAGCUUUCCCAUCAGUCCAGUUCAAUAAAUUAGAUGUAAGGUUUUUCGUUUGAGUUUGCAUUUUAAUAAACAAAAUAAUAGUUAAAUGUCAAGAAACACA